AUGAGCAAAACACAUCCACCAGAGUUGAAGAAAUAUAUGGACAAACAUAUGGAUUUGAAACUGAAUGGUAAUCGGCAGGUUUCUGGUGUUCUUCGUGGCUUUGAUCCGUUUAUGAAUAUCGUUGUUGAAGACGCGGUUGAACAGUUAAAGAACGGUGAAACAAAUACGUUGGGUAUGGUAGUGAUAAGAGGAAAUUCAAUCGUAAUUAUGCAACCGAAAGAACGCUUAGAUGGCCGUUGA